GGGGCGGGGGCUGGCUGUGGGGAAGGCUGGAGCUCUGGGCACAGCGGUGGCCCCAUGUCACCAUUGAGGUGGGAGCAGAGCAGUGAGGGCGGUGAGUACGGGCUGGUCGCACGUGAUGGCUCAUGAUGGCAGUGAACAGAGUGGGGGGAAAUGGUGUCAGAACAAUCUUUGGGGGUUUCUGGAUUGCAGCACAGGACUGAGAAUUCCCUGCCGCCUGUUGCCAGAGCAGGGGGGUCACGUGGCAGCUGCUCUGCACUGCUUCAUCUGCCUUCUAGAUGGUUGGGUGGAGGGAUGGAUGAAUGGAUGGAUGAAUGUCCACGGCCACUGCCAAACUGGAGGUGCAUUUCUGGCCAUAGGGAGGCUUUGGUUUGGUGCUUUCCUGGAGGUGCUGUAGCUUUCCCCAUGCUGCCAAGUUCCCUUUUCACUGAGGCUGCACUGCUUUUUCCAGAGCUCUUCUCCAACCAUUGACGUCACAGCAGUGGGGCUAUGGCUACAACAGCGUGCUCUGAUAAGUCUAAAGUAGAGAUAAUUAGAUGGUGAGAGAGACACGGACGUCUCUGCGUGGGUUAAUGCGAUUUGCCCUCUCUGCAGGGCAGGGAUCUGGGCCAAACUUUUCAACGCUGCAGUGACGGAGCAGCUUAGAGAGGUGCCAGAGGGAGGCUGGAGACGGUGAGAAGGUCUGCCCUUCUGCUCUGCCCGAGCACCGCACGCAUGGUAGCCACCCGGGGCCACCAGGGAUGCAGUGAGGUGGCCAAUGCACAAUGGCCCCAUCUCGCACCAACGGGUCGCACUACGCACUGACGGCCAUCGGGCUGGGGAUGCUCAUCCUCGGCGUCAUCUUGGCCGUGUGGAACCUUGUGCCCGGCUUCGGACACCCCGAUAAACUCAACGCUGGGAAUAGCAGCAAGCCCGACCGCGGUGGUGGGGGUAUUUUUAAGAGCAAGACGUUUUCUGUGGCCUACGUUCUGGUUGGGGCAGGUCUGCUGCUGCUGCUGCUGUCCCUCUGCUUGAAUGUCCGUGACAAGAAGAGGCAGAGUGAGGAUAUCCCCAGGGUGGUGCAGCACCAAGCAUCCGUGGAGCCUUCACAGCAGGAGGAGGACAGCCAAGAAGAGGAUGAAGACGUGUCCUCCCGCUACUACGUCCCCAGCUACGAGGAGGUGAUGAAUGCAGGCUACUCGGAGCCCCGCGACCCGGAGCGGAACCGCAGGAUCAGCGUCUCACUGCCCUCCUAUGAAUCACUGACAGGGCUUGAGGAGGGCACGCAGCCAUCAGGAGCAGCCAAUGCAGAGCCCAGCACCGAGCGGCCACCAGGCCGGAACAACUCGCGUCUCAGCAAGCGCCUGAAGCCCCUCAAGGUGCGGAGGAUCAAGUCGGAGAAGCUGCAUCUCAAGGACAUCCGCCUCAACCUCGGUGAUGGGAGCAGCACCGGUCCCAUCACAAUUGAGCCAUUGACCCCACCUCCAAAGUAUGAGGAUAUCCAGGAAAAAGCACCGGGAAGCCAACAGUUGACUUAGAAAGGAGGGGUCGGUCAUUGUGCGGAUUGGAAACACUCAGAGAGGGCUGGUCACGGAGUGCAGGAGUGUUGGAUGCUCUCUGGAUGCUGAGGUACUGAUGUGGUGGGGACUGCAGCAUUGCACAAAUGGGACUGGGUCUUCCCAGGACAGCACUGUGUCAAACACCGUGGGGAAAUGGCGAUGCUGUGAAGGACGUGAAGGCUGCAAGAGUCAGAUGUGUGUUCUGCGUUGUUUUAAUUUAAAGACCACCUAAUGUAUCUUCUCUCCUUUGUGCCUUGCCCCAGCAAUGGGUUUCCAAGCCACCAAACUGCUAUUUAAUAAGAAUUUUCCAAGAGGAAAAAGGGAAACUUUCUGUCUUUUUUUUUUUUUUUUUUGUCUUUUCUUUUUGAGUAAGGCAUUAAAAGUGUCAGGUUAGUGAUGUAGCUGUCACCACUCCAGACACCAGUGGGGUUGGGGAUAGUGGCACAGGGCUGGCCCAAGUGCCUGCAGAGUUGCAUGCUUGCUGGUGCGAAGAGGAAUGAAACAAGCCCUUAAGCUUGUCAGACCUAUAGGCUUUACCCAUAGGAGGUUUCUUACUGGCAUUACUGCCCAUUCUCCUGUAGGAGAGGACUGAGUUUCUUGCCUCAAUGGUUUUCUCUUUUGUGUGUUGUGCUGUGAGUCGAAGGGACAGUCCGUUUGGGGCUGGAAACUGCCACAGUGGACAACUGCCAAGGGUUGUUCAAGGUGUUCUGGGUAAAAUGACAAGACCAUGCAGUGCAAGCAGUCCUUUUCUAAAUAAAUAUUUUGUACGUGG